AAGAGAGCGAAAGCCAUUACAGUAUAUUGCUCGAUGGCAUUUAGAAUCCCAUUAUGGGGAUAGUUGAUGAACAAACUCUGUGUCAAAACAUUUCUGAAUGAUAGCCUAUCUUUUCUAAAAAUCGAAAUACAGAGUACGAAAACGAACGAAAUCGAAAAUCCUCUGAUAUCAACUUUGGCGUGUGAACACAGCUCUGCGAUUUUACAGGUGUUAGCCGCGGCGCUAAAUCCCACAGAAAUACUAGUCUAGGCCAAUAGUCAUGCACCAGUUCAGUUAUAUUGUUAUCGGCCGCUGGCUCUACUCCUGUGUCGUGCUGCUAGUUUUCCUGGUCGUCCCGAACGAGGCAGGGUGUCAGGACACGGGUUUUUGCUGCACUGGGCACGACCGGUCGUGCGUCAGUAAGGGAUGGAGAGCUGACCGUUCGUAUGGCACCUGCUAUUGCGACCAGGCUUGUACCUCUACUCUGGACUGCUGUCAUGAUUAUGAAUUCGCCUGUCCAGCGGUGUCCUGUGUGCUGAGUAAGUGGACUGCGUGGUCUGGCUGUGGUGAGCCCUGCAGGGCAACAGUUCGGAUAAGGAGCAGGGAAGUCCUGCAGGAGCCCCGAAAUGGGGGGAAACCCUGUCCACACGUGGAGGAGCACGCCGGCUGUGCAGAGUACAGGAAACACCACCGACAGUGCAGCAAAUCACUAGUCCCGGCUCUCAUCACUACCGGUGGCUAUGGCAACGCCAGGAAGAAGAGGGACAUCCCUGAUAACAGUGAUGUCGAAGGGUACUGUGUGCAGUUCCAACUGACCUCCCUGACCCCUGGGUGCCAGCGUAAUGUGGGGCCACACACCCGCUGGAUGCAGUACCUGAGAGAGGGCCAACAAGUUUGUGUGGAGUGCCAGCCUCCAGCCCUCUCUGCCGGGCAGACACACUGCUCUGGAGAUGGAGAUAAGGACGAGGAGGAGAGUGGCAGGCAGUCUCUGCAGUGGCAGGCGGUGGGUAACCCCAGGUGUCGUGGCGUGUGGAGGCGUGUCAGGAGACUAGAAUCCUGCUCCUGUCCCACCGUCCACAGCUUCCUCUUCAUAUAACCCUGGGUUACUGUCUAGUCUACAGACCUGAGUCUACAACUUCUUCAUGGCCAUACAGACAGACCGGACAGCACAUGGAUCAGGCAUAAUCAAAAGGCAACACCGACAGGGCUGUGUGCAUCCGUAUGGACCUGAUCAUACCAGUGUCUAACAUAACAAUUGAUAUGAAACCUCUGGCAACAAUUUAAUCGUGUUUAUGCAGCUGAUUCGGGUCAUUUUGUUCUUUGGUUGGCCAGAAUAUUUAUUCUAAAAAAAUACUAUUGUAGAUUAUUUUCUAAGUGUAUGUAACUGUCAGUGCAGUUUGUCUUUGUAUUAGUGAAAGCCUUCAAUAAUGCCUGUAACACAUGUCAAUAACCAAAACUCAACCCAUUCAUUAAUUAGACUUUUAUUGAAUUUUCAGUCAUCCAAGGGGAAUGUUGCCUUUUUAAAAGAAAUAGAAAGAUUUUGGGACAUUGAGACACUUUUUUUACAGGACAGUUAAACUGGCGUUGUGCAUGUUUCACACCCAGUCACGGCUCCAAAGUUACGACAUGCAUCGAUCGAACAACAGAACAUUUAUACAGCAACAACUUACAGCAUUAGAAAGUCCACAGGUAAAAAUAUUACAAAACAAACAGUAGCCUGGAGACCUACAAAAACAACAGUAGAAGAAGAGGUGGGGAUAGUCUGAAAGUCUGUCAAAUCUUUCACCCCCCCUUCAGUUCCCUGGAAUUUCUGUAUGUUACAAUGACUCGUUGGGAUCUCUUUCAAAUCUAUUAAAUUUCCAAAUCCAAUUCUUGAAUUGAAUUCCAAUUUACCAAGCAUUUCAAAUGGACCCUAACCCUGAAAUCCCAACAUCAAUUUCAAUGGCAUUUGUCUAAUUCCUAAAUUGUAUGUUUUUCAUAUCUUAUCAAAAUAUGAUAAAUAAAAGGAGUCACUUGAUUGUGCUUUCUCAUUAAAACAUAACACUUACAAAUCCUUUGACAUCAGGAACCCUUUUGUUCAGGACUACAGUAAAAGUUCAAGCUCUUGUACACUACAAGACGUUUCGAUGUUGGGUGACUCACUCAGAGAUGGAGAGAGACUGAUGCAUAAAGUGCCCUUUUAAGAAACAAAAAAAAAUACAAAGACUAGCAGCAAAUUUACAUAAACUUUUUUUAAACACAUUGGUCAGUGGUCACAGUAUAGCAGUAAACACAUUUCACCUUGUCAGAACAUUGUCCAGCAUCAUUCUACCAAAACAAAUAUGUAAAAGCGAUCAGUGGCUAUUUCCUUUCUGUAAGUGUCCAUGAUGUGUUUUCCAGUUAGUCUUUCCAACCGAAUACUCUCCACAGGAUCAUCUCAUAGCAAUGCUACAAUGUAUAUCAUGUCUAUUCAUGAAGAAUUGAUUGUCAUCUUUCUUUUAAAGAGAUAUUUUACGUGACAAAACUGUCCCUGACUCCCACUAUGUAUUCUUGCAGUGAGAGCAUAACAUGAUGCAUGGUUAUGUGAAACAUAUGGGACAGCAACACAACUCCGUAUUAGACAGUGCACAAGAAGCCAACGCCAUACAGAUGACAGCCAAUUUAACGAGAUGGAUUUGAAGUGCGUUGUGAAAAGAAUGAACACAAAACAGUGACAUCAUAUGUCCACUCUACAGUUCUUAUUAUUUCACGUUGGUUCAACAAGGUGGGAUGUUAACAUUAACCAUGUUUCCAGAUACAUUUAAAGUACAUGUCGGAUUUAAAAAAAUGUCAUAACAGGCCUGAUGGAAACAGAAAAUGUGUCGGUAAACUUUACAAAUGUUGACAAACAGAAUAUGCCAGACAAGGUGGGAUCUUUUUUGUGUUGGUAAAAUGAAUUAUGCAAUAAUUGGUGGUGGGAACACUUUAUCCUCAAAUAUUAAUAAUAACCAUAAGAUCGAAGUAAAUGUAGUCAUGCGAUAUGUUGUGUGGUCCUCCGGUUAUGACUCGGGAACGCAUGCAGUUUAUUAGGCUACGGAUGAAAUAAAUCAUGGUGAACUUCA